CUUGAAGGUUAGCGCGUCAGUACUUCCCUAAUGGCUAGCUAGGGAGUACCGUAGCUCAUCUUGUUUACUUGCAGUCCGACUCGGCUUGACAGGCCUUCGCAAAGAAUCGACGGACGGGGAAAGAAAAAAAAAACCGAGCCUCUCUAAACAUACUAAAUUCGGCGUUAUUUCCUCUUUUCAUCGAGACAUGUAGGAGGAUACGACGGCAGAGGAAUUCCCAAAAAGCAUUUUCGAAUUGACGAGUUGUGGUCGGCCACUUUGAAUCAUAACAAUGUUGACGGACGACCAGUGUGCUCCCAACAACAGGCACUCGUUUCAAGGAUGGACAACGGUGAAGUAAAGCUCACAUUAAGGAGAGAUGACUAUUCAGGUAAAGUGGUAUACACCCAGAUCCCAGAGGGGGGAAGUCCAUUGAAAGUGCCCCCUCACAGUGCCAUCAGCUCUCCGGCUGCUGUUAUUCUCCCAUUCAGUCAAUUCAUGCAUCCAGGCGGACAGUCCAACGGCCACAACAGCAGCCCUGCUCCAGUGGAAGUCACCUCCUCCACUGCCACCCGUAGCAACUUACAGGAAGAUCCACAAGCUAAAGGCCUGACCAAAGAUCAGAAGCUGCUCUCUUCUAGCCACCUAAAUUUUGAGGAGAAGUUGCCGCUGUCAGGGGAUAGAUUAACCCAGCAAACUAUGUCUUCCAUGGAUUCUCUGAUUGGCGGAUCGGAUCCUAGCUUUUUCACUAUGAAAACUGAAGAUUUCGCUUUGGAUAAAGUCGGCCACGAGCCCACUGAGCUCGAUCAUGCUUUUGAACACAUUGGCAAAGACAUGGACGUAAACCAGAAAUUAUUCGGCGAUAGCACUCUGGAUUUGCUCAGUGAUUUUGAGCUCACCGGCUCCCCGUCUGAUUUUUACGUAGGGGAUGACGCCUUCUUGUCCACCCUGGCAGAUGAUGCUCUCCUUGUGGAGGACACUUCAGAGAAGGGAAUCAAGCCUGUCACUACUGAGAGCGCAAUCAGCAGUGUCCCGCUUUCUCUCAAUGGCAACAGCAGCGUGAGCAGUCCUGAUCAGUCCAGCUCAACGUUAAUCCCGACAACCACUUUGGUGAAGAAAGAAAAAGACGGAAACUUCGGGCAGCUCUGCAACCAAGGUCUGAUCAAACAAGAGAAGAUGUCUUACUGCCAAAUAAGCAGCACCACAUCUCCAGACCUGCCCACUUCUAGUCCCAUCUCCAUCUGUGGGGUGAGCACCUCAGGCGGUCAGAGCUUCCACUUUGGAGUGGAUACGCAGCCACUGAAGGAUCAAAAGUCAGUCACCUGCCAGUAUGUUCCUGUUGCCACCGUUGGUGCUCCUUGGAACAGAGGCCUGACCCCUGGGCCAGCGUCAGGCUUGCAUCAGGCCUCUGAGGCUUUCUCAGCUAUUCCUACCUACCACACCGGCUUUGCCAGCUCGACAUCCCGACAGGAAGGGACAACGGCGCCGUCGACAACCCAGACAAAGAGUGGCACUCAGAAGAUCUGCUUGGUGUGCUCUGAUGAGGCUUCAGGGUGCCACUAUGGUGUGCUCACGUGUGGGAGUUGUAAGGUUUUCUUCAAAAGAGCAGUGGAAGGCCAACAUAAUUACUUAUGCGCUGGAAGGAAUGAUUGCAUCAUAGAUAAGAUCAGGAGGAAGAACUGUCCUGCCUGCCGCUUCCGGAAAUGUCUGAUGGCGGGCAUGAAUCUAGAAGCACGUAAAGCCAAGAAGAAUCGCAUGAGAGGUAUCCGGGACAGCAAUCCACCUGAGGUGCUCCCCCCCAAGCCGGUUGAAACCCAAGCGCUAGUCCCCAAGUGUAUGCCUCAGCUGGCCCCCACGAUGCUGUCCCUUUUGAAAGCCAUCGAGCCCGAUACCCUUUACGCUGGCUACGAUAGCUCCAUGCCUGACACCCUUGCCCGUUUCCUAUCCUCCCUUAACAGACUGGGUGGCCGACAGCUCAUCUCUGCAGUCAAAUGGGCUAAAGCUUUGCCAGGUUUCAGGAACCUCCACCUUGAUGACCAGAUGACCCUGCUCCAAUGCUCCUGGCUCUUUCUCAUGUCUUUUAGUCUGGGCUGGAGGUCCUACCAGCAGUGUAACGGCAACAUCCUCUUUUUUGCCCCGGACCUGAUCAUGAACGAGGAGCGAAUGAAGCUGCCGUACAUGGCCGACCAGUGCGAGCAGAUGAUGAGGAUUAGCAGCGAGUUUGUCCGGCUGCAGGUCUCUCUUGACGAGUAUCUGUGCAUGAAGGUCCUGUUGCUUCUCAGCACCGUGCCAAAGGACGGUCUGAAAAGUCAGGCGGCCUUCGACGAAAUCCGGAUGUCGUACAUCAAGGAACUGGGAAAAGCCAUUGUGAAGCGUGAAGAGAACUCCAGUCAGAACUGGCAGCGUUUCUACCAGCUCACAAAGUUGCUGGACUCCAUGCAUGAGAUGGUCGGCGGGCUUCUCAACUUCUGCUUCUACACUUUUGUGAAUAACAAAUCCUUGAGCGUGGAGUUCCCCGAGAUGCUGGCUGAGAUCAUUAGCUACCAGCUUCCCAAAGUCAAGGCCGGGAGCGUCAAAGCUCUGCUAUUCCACCAGAAAUGACUGCCGGCUCCGAACGGACACCAUGCCUUAAUAUCCAAAACCGCCACCACCUAAUUUCGCCCCGAAGAGACUGAGUAGCACGGAAGGUUUUAUAAGAUUUUUGUCAGGAUUGCCGAGGAGAUGAAAGAACUUCACACGUCGUCUCAGGUGACACAACUAUAUUAUCCACUAGAUUCAACCCGUGAAUAACGCUGUACAGAUUUAUUAAGAGUAUUUUCACACUCUGACAAUUUUCCAGGUUGCAGUAACAUGAAAUCAAACUUAAUUUCAUGACUAAUUAGUAGCUUGAGUUUUCCCUCCUCACUGAUUAACGAGCUUCAUCGCGCUUUUACCCUUUUUUUGAUGUGAAAAAGUAUUCCCGUGAAUCAUUUUAGGACUUUUCCGCACGCUGACCUCUUCCAGGUUUACACAUCGAUUCGCUAAAAGGGAAAAAAUGUGCCUUUUUGUUUUUGGAUUGCGUUCAAUAUCAUCUCAGCUAUCUCUUCCUACCUGUCGGGGGCGUGCCUCUCCUCAGCCCGUCGCCAUUAUACCCCGAUUGUACUACAUGCAGUUGCAACGCUUCCAUUUUAAACAUCUGCUUUCCUCGCGUCUAUAAGUGGAUGUGUGUGUGUGUGUGCGGGUAAUAUUCACCAUCCCCACUGCCAAAGUGAACCUUGCUAUUAAGGCUUUAAAAGACUGUGAAGGACAAAGGUGGCUUCUUCAUGCAAGAUUUUAGGUUCGAACCCGCCUAAUCUUAAUUCAUAAUUGCUACAAACAGUGACAGACGUCUAAUCCGUUUGAAUUUUUUCAAAUGGAUUUGACGUGUAUCACUGUCAAUGGCAAUUAGUGAGUUAAUUGAGCACUUAAACCCUCCCCUAAUCAAUUGACGGAAUGUGUCUGCGUCGACCAAUCAAUGCGGAUUUGUAGCUUAUUAAUGCGUGGCGGGUUGGCGUCACUUGGUGUCGCCACCAAAAAUGAACUCUCAGUAGUUGACUCAAAAUGCAUUUCAUGUUUCAAAUCGAACAUGAUUGAUGAUUCUGUUAUUUCCUCAAGUCUGUUACUCGACUGAAUAGAGUAACUAGGCUUCUUCUAAGACUGUUGUUCCCAUUUACUUCUAUCAUGUAAGAUGAUACUUCUUUAUUUGCAUUUGAUUCUGAGGCGUAAUAUGUAUUAUAAACACUAUACAAUUUUUAUAAGCUAACGGUUUCUUGAAGAUUAGAAUCAACCCCGAGUCCUGAAAAUGUAUAUAUAGUUAUUUUUGAAAAAAGUGUAAAAAAUAAAAAAGCAUUAUUUCGAUUACACUGAGGAACAUAAUUUUCGUUGAUUGAGGUUAGACAGCUGUUUUUAACUCAUUUUUGGGCGUGGAAUUCAGAACUGGUCUGUUUUUCCUCUUAUCACGUCAAGUUUUUUAACAAAAGGAUCACAGUUUUCUUCAAAAAUAUGAAUUAUACUGUACUUGUGUUCUUAUUUUUACAAACAAAUUCAUAUAAGCUAGGUUCAUAUCGCAGGUUUUAAUGCACAAAUCCAAUUUUUUGUCAUACGUAUCGGUACUUUUUGCAUGCCCGUUCAGACUACCAUUUUGAAUCGCGGCCCGAAAAGUGUCACGCAAGUGUAGAAGACCAGUAAUGGACACGUCAGAAAAUCGCACGGAGUUAAGUGAUCCGCAUGCGCGGAUGUAGAUACGUAAAUACGUCACAAGAAAGAAGCGUCAACAAAUGCUAGCAUAAUUAAAGGGGAAGUUCAGAAUUUUUGACACCAGGCUCAAUCUUCGAGUUAGCCCCAAUUUCCGCGUACAUCCAAAUUAACCCUUUAAGUACCCCAAAUACCCCCUAAAUCUCAGAAUAACUAUCCAAAAACAUGUGUUACAUGUUAUAUAAUAAAACAAAGUGAAAAUAAGGCUAGGUUCAUACUACAGGUCUUAAUGCACGAAUCCGAUUUUUUCGUGUUUGUCCGACUCGAGUCAGGCAUUAACUUGACGGUCCGAACGUGACAAGUUGCAUAGAAUUGGACCGUUUCAAAUCCGAUCUGGGUCACUUUACGAUGUGGUUCAAAUCCGAUCUGGGCCACAUUUUUCCAGACUGUCGCGGCGGUCUGUACUGUCCAGUCUCCCAAAUCGGAAUUCAUGCAGCAAUUACGUCAUCAAAUAGCGAGAGAGACGCUAAGGUUAUUAGCACCUAGCUUGCAGUGAACACGAAUUAGUGCGCAAUGCGCAUGCGUAAUACUUGAAUGGUCUCAAUGGACAAAGGCAGUCUGAAUGGGCACGCCAAAAAAACGGAUAUGACAAAAAAUCAGAUUUGUGCAUUAAGACCUGUAGUAUGAACUUAGCCUAAGAUACUGUACUUACUAUCAAUGCUGAAAGGUGUUACUGUUACGCGACUAAUGCCCCUUUCAGACAUAUGCUGAACCCGUGCUGUUAAGUCCCGUGAUUUAAACGGGUAGCCCUUAUGUCUGGAAGCAAUUUACCAGGUCACGUCCUAAUAUCAUUUCUGUGACUUAACCGUGACACGGCAUAUACGAAAGCAGCCAGUUAAUUCCCGGGUCACGGCGUGAAGGCUAAUGGCGUAAAUAUGAUGGCGGGCUGAUCGUCAUUUCCUCUUUUUUCACAGUAAGACGAAAAACGGUCAACGAACAUCGCAAUUAUCAACAUGGCAAACUGGAAAGAUAGCAAAAUCAAACUGAAAACAUAACGAAAUUAAAAUUGCUACUGGAUCUUACAGCCGAUGAAGAGACAGUCCAUCGCCCAUCUUUGGAAAUUUGUACAGUCCCGCAUCGGCAACAAAAUAAACUACAGUCCCUGACUAAAGUCUUGUCGCUUAUCCAUUUUGUAGAAACAAUUGCUAAUAACCUGACUUUUAAUUAUUCAAUUGGUUUCAGAAAUGGCUAAUAUGAAAGCUAAGACCCUCCCAAAUGAUGCUGAAUGUACAAAAAUA